CGAGGAAGGGGGGAGGGACGAAGUCAACUCCUUGCGCAUCCCGGCGCGCGCUCAAGCUUUCCGCAGGCUGGGUGUCUGUUAGUUACCGAUGGUGCGCACGUUUUAACGAGUUUCAUAUCUGCUAAUUCACCAUCUUCCCAAGCUACUUAAGUGGCAGCUUCAUCUAUUGACAAGGCUCCCGACCUGGACUCCAUAUGACUCCACCAGGGAAAGUCCUCCUGACGGUGGUGCUGGUGGUGUUGUUCACGCAAGACUGUUUCUCCUCUAAAGCGGAGGAUCGUCUGUUUCGGCGUCUAUUUCGCCGGUACAAUCAGUUCAUCCGUCCAGUGGAGAAUGUGUCCGACCCUGUCACCGUGCAGUUUGAGGUGUCCAUCUCGCAGCUGAACAAAGUGGAUGAGGUGAACCAGAUCAUGGAAACCAAUUUAUGGUUGAGACAUAUUUGGAAUGAUUAUAAAUUAAAAUGGGCACCAAUAGAGUUUGAUGGAAUUGAGUUCAUCCGAGUCCCAUCCAACAAGAUCUGGAGGCCUGACAUUGUGCUGUACAACAAUGCUGUCGGUGACUUCCUGGUGGAGGACAAGACCAAAGCCCUGCUGAAGUAUGACGGCACCAUCACUUGGGUGCCCCCGGCCAUCUUUAAAUCCUCCUGCCCCAUGGACAUCACCUACUUCCCCUUCGACUACCAGAACUGCUCCAUGAAGUUCGGCUCCUGGACCUACGACAAGGCCAAGAUCGACCUGGUGCUCAUCGGCUCCAAGGUCAACCUCAAAGACUUCUGGGAGAGCGGCGAGUGGGAGAUCAUCGACGCGCCGGGCUACAAGCACGACAUCAAGUACAACUGCUGCGAGGAGAUCUACCCGGACAUCACCUACUCCUUCUACAUCCGCCGGCUGCCCCUCUUCUACACCAUCAACCUCAUCAUCCCCUGCCUGCUCAUCUCCUUCCUCACCGUGCUCGUCUUCUACCUGCCCUCCGACUGCGGAGAGAAGGUGACCCUGUGCAUCUCCGUGCUGCUGUCUCUCACUGUGUUCCUGCUGGUCAUCACCGAGACCAUCCCGUCCACCUCCCUGGUCAUCCCGCUGAUCGGCGAGUACCUGCUCUUCACCAUGAUCUUCGUCACGCUCUCCAUCGUCAUCACCGUCUUCGUGCUGAACGUGCACUACCGCACGCCCACCACACACACCAUGCCGGCCUGGGUGCGCAGCGUCUUCCUCCAGGUGCUGCCCCGCGUCAUGCUCAUGAGGCGCCCCAUCGACCAGGACGGGAAAGGGGGAGCGGGCGGCAGGGAGCGCGAGAGCGGCGGAGGGGUGGCGGAGAAGGGGAAGAAGGGGAAGGGUGUCGGGGUGGGGCAGGCGGCCAUGAACUGCCUGGACUUCGGGGAGAAUAAAAUGGGCAUCGAGGGCAAGAAGUGCCCGCGCCACCCGGGGAAGGACACGCCCGAGGGGGACUGUGGGAAGGUGACCAGGCAGACGGGCUCUCCGGCGGUCAACACGCUGGUGGCGUUCUCCGUCAUCUCGCCGGAGAUCAAACAGGCCAUCGAGAGUGUCAAAUACAUCGCUGAGAACAUGAGGAGUAGGAACAAGGCCAAAGAGGUGGAGGAUGACUGGAAGUACGUUGCCAUGGUGAUCGAUCGCAUCUUCCUGUGGGUAUUUGUGCUGGUAUGUGUGCUCGGAACGUUAGGGCUCUUCCUGCAGCCUGUCAUCCGCUUCCUGUCUUAACCAGUCACGAAGCAGAUUCAUGGACCAGUUGUCCCAAUCCCCCGGUUCGUUGUCAGAGUAUGACUGUGCAGGCCAGCACUCACCCGGACCUGCUCACAGACCUGACCCAGCGGGGAGAAUCAGCCUGAUGUGUCCAGAGCCCACUCACCUGCUCAGGAGAAAGAAUUAUGUCAAAUGAGGAAAUACAAUCUAACAAGCGAGCAAAGGCACACUACUCUAUAAAUAGAUAUCUUCCACUAAAAUGUUUUUGAUAAGGGAAGUAAAUUGUAACUUAAGUGGAAUAUGUCUAGACUUAAUGUAUUGAUGUUAAAGAAAUAAUACUUUUCACUUUAAGUGUACUUGGAAACACUGUACUUAUCUUUUUCCAAAGUUUAACAGCAAUUAAUUACACAGUGGCUUUGAGUCCUCUAAUUCUUCAUCUGACACUCUUUUCCCAUAAUCCUCUCUUUCAUUACACGCCUUUGUUCAGAUGUCAUUAGCAACAGGCAUGGCCGCCUCUCUUAAUUUGAGACCAUCAUUCUUUUCAUUUCAGCUCCUUUCAGAAAGGAUUAUGUUGAAAUAAAGUCUUUAAAAUGUU